CUCGACUCGACUGCGACAAACCGCAUCUUCUUUGAACUGCAACCUCUUGUUUCUUCCUUCUCACUUCCCCUCUAUACGCUCUUUCAGGGCGCCCGCAAUCGCCUACGUAUCUAAGCGAACCAUAUCCUCUUCUCACAAGUCUCGGUCCUGAUUCGAUCGCACCAUCUGCGGUCUGAAACCCUCACCACAGCCCUCCUGCGUUGCUCGGUUCAGCAAAUAACCCCAUUUACUCCUCCGUCGAACCUCGAUCGUCCACUCAGCAGCAGCGUCGGUCGCAUCGUCGUCGACGCAACUUCCCGCCGCAGGCUUGGGUCUCGUGUCUCUCCCUCUCGCUGGUGCAUGUGCGACACUCGGCUCACGGACCUUAUCAUUCGAAGAAACUGCGACAAUCCUGGCCGGUCGCAUUGUCUCGACCCCGAUCCACGAUAUCUCUCGGCGCCACGUUUUCAGGAGUUGCUCGCACUUCCUGAAACAAUUGCUUUGCGGCUGUGUAAAACAAGCAAGAUUCUGGAACCUUGCCACGAGGCACCUGCCCUACGCAGUCAGCCCAUCGGCGUGCAAGAGGAGGAGUUCUGUCGAGCUGUCUUUGACGCAGCUCGCUUUGCGCUCCAACAGACAAUUUGAUCAAACCUGUCAAGGGGAUAGGUAGAGUACAUCGUUGUGCUUUGCCGCUAACAGGUCACAUCCACGACCAGCUACUGGGUGUACCAGCGUCGGCAUUCUGCCUCCGGGCAUAAAAUCUCCAGCACGAAAGAGCCUGUAUCACAUUUUUGCUGCCGUGUCAGCACUUCUAAACCACCGCUCGCCGCACAUCAUCUGGCGUACCAUUUCAGCAGAGACAUCAGCCAAUUGUCUCGCAAGAUCCCAGGCUCGUCGAAUUGACGGGUCAGGGACUAGUCAGCUGUUGCAAAGAACGUAUGUGAAUCCAUAACAACUAUAGUCGACUUCCCAAGCUUGUCUCAUUCGCCUGGCGAGCGACAAGUAAACAAAAAUUUCGCAAACAUGGAGACCACAAGCCACCGUCCAUGGGAGACAAAUCCUACUCAUUCUAUUCCCCAAACCACCCAGACAUUACCUUCGAUAGCUUCUUUGACUUCAAAGCUGCCUGUACAACCUAUCGACAGACCUUCGCCAGACCUUUCAAUCCUGCCGCCGCAGAGAGACUCUGGUAGUUGGAUGACACCCGGAACACGUUCUUCUGUUAACUCUGCGAACUCCAUGCCUUAUCUGAAUUCCGCUCAUUCUCCUACGGGACCUUCACCAUAUACACCUGAGAACACCACGGCCCCACCCGCACCGUUCAAUUCGGCUUUGUCGCACCAGACAAAUGGCCUUCCCACGCCAUCCUCUGACUUAAAUCAGCACCGUGGCAGUGGAGACUAUGAUGAAUCUAGGCGAGGAAGCGUCACAAAUAGCAUUCACCACGGCAUGAACAACUUAGGGUUAGGGCCAACUUCGCCCUAUACUAGCACCAAUGCUUCGCAGACUUCGCUGGUCUCUGGUCUUCAGAGAGAACGGGGCAUACAACAGAAUGGCUAUAACGGUAGCCGCUAUUCCACUAUGAACAACCCAGCUGCUCCUUAUGCUUCAAGUCGUGGCGGACGAAGUGGGUUCGUAGGAGGACGCGUUGCGCCUCCAAUUUUGGAAAAUCCAAAGCAGGAAGUGUACAGCGCAGAAGCUCCGACUAGGGGUCAGGCAUAUGCCUUUCCUGAUCCUGAGGCUGCUCCUAGACAACAGGGGCGGGCGCCUUCCACCUUCUCGAGAAGAAACAGCUUUGCGGAAUCCUUUACUAGCAGUAUCCUGACCGUUGAGUCGUCUCGACUACCUCUCGGACAGCAUGGUAGAUCCACCAAUCCCCAUGACUAUUCACCGAUACUGACAGCCGAUCUAUCAGAACUCCCAGAAGCUCAUCACCAUUCCCUUCAACACAAACAAGUCGAUAGCUUACGAGGUGAUCCUGAUUCUCCCAACGGAAAUACGCCGUACAGUCGAACUCCAGAGCUUCGGAUCACACACAAGCUUGCGGAGCGAAAGCGCAGAAGUGAGAUGAAGGAUUGCUUUGAGCAACUCAGGGCUCGGCUGCCUGCCAGCCAGAACAAUAAAUCAAGCAAGUGGGAAACACUAUCGCGCGCUAUUGAUUAUAUUACCCAACUGGAAACCCAAAACAAACAAGCGCGGGUUGAUUAUGAAUCUCAAAGACUAAAGCUCGCAGAGCUGGAAGCGAAAAUGCACGAGAUGAGCCAGCAAAUGCGAGGCAUUCAGCAACCGCAGAGUUCGUUCCCUCCCCCGCCGAACGUGAUACCACAGAGUCCCCUCGGUUACGGAUCACAUUUCAACAACCAUGAUGGCGCCGGCGAGCCCAACCGAACAUUACCGCCAAUCAUGACUACAAAUUCUAUGCAAGGUAUACAAUAUUCUGAAGAACGACGAUAAUGUUAAAAAGAGCUCGUUCGGUUUUAUGCAAACCACCUAAAGAGACAUGAUAUUUUCCGGGAUCGUUUGGGUCGCUCGCUACCCAGUGUGGUGCAUCUGACGCUGCCAUGCGGCGUUGUUUUCUUAUGUUAAUCAAAUGGAGGUCUUCCAAUCUGAAGGUGACUGAUGGUAUUUUCUGGCACCAUUUGUUAAUGUGAAUGGGUUCGGUCGAAUUACGAUAUCAUCUUUCAGCAGCGAUGUAUUGAUGUGCAAUUGUGAAAAUAGGUCCAGGCUGCGAUGAUUUCCUUACUACUAUUUCCCAGAGCUUCGAGUCGCGGUCGAGGAUCUGUGUGUGAAUUACUAGAUCGAGUGUCAUGAAUUUUGAGGUCCCGCCAUGAGAGAGUCAUGCGCCUACAGUGAAAGAGAUACGGGGGUAUGAACUACAAUAGCUGCCCGUCUUUUGUCAGCUUGCGCAGAGGAAAUAUAUAGUACGAGUAUCAUCCAAGAUGAAUAAUUAUUGUUCAAAACCGG